UCACAACUCACAAUAGCUGAGAAAUGGAAUGAAUGACGGCAAAGGAAAGUGGUGAGUCCCAUUGUUGAGUUGGAUCGAUCGAUCUUGAGCGUCCAUUGUAUACACACUUCAAAACACAACACAAAGGUUAGAAAGAAGAGAAGAGUGGGUGGGUUUGGUGCGAUUGCUGCUGCUAGUGCGAGAAACUUUUUCUUUUCCAUUUUCGAGAAUUAACAAACAAAGCCUUUCCUUUCCUUUCAGCUAUCUAUCUAUCUAUCUAUCUAUCUGUCCGAUCCUCGCUCGAUCAUCACUGCACUUCUCUUCUCUGGUUUGCUUUGCUUUGCUUUUCACACCUCCACUCCAAUUUUAUAUUUAUUUUCAUUUCAUCCAACUUUGGAUAAAAUUAAAUUACAUAGAUCCAAUCCUUGAUGAUUACCGAUCUGAGGAGGUUCUAAACAUCUCAAUUCAAUUCAAUUUCCAUAAUCCUCAAACCCUAAUUAUUAAUCCGAUGUUAUUAUUAUUAUUAUUAUUAUUAUUAUGAGAGAUAUGCUCAAGAGUGGGAGUCUUUCCCGUAAUUCUACUGGUAGUACUAAGUCAUCAUCUUCCGCAUCAGCCGCCGCGGCACUCAGACUCUCAUCACCUCAACAGUCCUUCAGACGAUUAGGAUUGUGUUCUCAAUUAUCAACUGCUGGUGAACAUUCUUCUCCUAUCGUCUUCCCCGAAAAACGCAGUAAACUCAAGGCUUCCAAGAAGAACAGUACAGAAGCCAUUCGUGCAUCCGGUGAUCAUCAGGAUGCCGCUGCAGCAAAGAAUUUCGAGCAUAGGAUUGAUAUACCAGGUGGAGGUGACGAAAAAUCUGAUUUGUUAGGGUAUGUUGUUUUCUCUGGCAAAUUGGCUUUGGAUAAGAGGAAGAUUUCUGUAAAUAAUAAUAACAAAACUGAUGCUCAACAACAAACUUCUUUUGAUACUACCAAUCAAGCUGCCGUCGAUGCUAAAUUAACAAGUAAAGCUUUACUUUGGGGAUCACAUGUGCUUCACCUUGACGAUGUUAUCUCGGUUUCUUAUCAUGCUGGUCUCAAACAUUUCACAGUGCAUUCGUAUCCGAUGAAAAAGGCUUCAUGUGGUCUUUCUUGUUUUAUAAAACCUCGAAGGAGUCGCAAGGAUUUCCGUUUUGUGGCUUCUACAAUAGAAGAGGCAAUUCAGUGGGUUGGUGGAUUUGCUGAUCAACACUGUUUUAUUAACUGUCUACCUCACCCUUUAGUUUCUUCCAAGAAGCAAGCGUCGUCGGAAUUAUUUCAGACAGAUACCCCUCCUGAAUUGCUCUUUAGAUGCAAAACUCCGCCUAAGAUGCUUGUAAUUUUAAACCCACGCUCAGGCCGAGGUCGUUCCAGUAAAGUUUUCCACCGUGAUGUGGAACCAAUAUUCAGGCUUGCUGGUUUUAGAUUGGAGGUAGUUAAAACAACAUCUGCCGGUCAUGCUAGAAACCUUGCAUCAACUGUAGACAUCAGCACUUGCCCUGAUGGAAUCAUAUGUGUUGGCGGUGAUGGGAUAAUCAACGAGGUUGUUAAUGGUCUACUUAGUAGAGACAAUCAAAAGGAAGGAAUAUCUAUACCUAUUGGAAUUAUACCAGCUGGUUCUGAUAACUCACUGGUAUGGACUGUUCUUGGAGUUAGAGAUCCUGUUUCUGCAGCAAUGGCUAUUGUGAAGGGGGGCCUUACCGCUACAGAUGUCUUUGCUGUUGAAUGGAUUCAGAAUAAUAAAAUUCACUUUGGAUUAACAGUCUCAUAUUAUGGUUUUGUUAGUGAUGUGUUGGAACUUUCUGAAAAAUAUCAGAAGCGCUUUGGCCCACUGCGGUAUUUUGUUGCUGGAUUUCUCAAGUUCUUAUGCUUACCGCGAUACAGCUACGAAGUUGAAUAUCUUCCAGCAUCAAAACCUGAAAAAGAAGGUUCCGGUGAAAGGGAAGUAGUUGACAUGUCGGAGCUGUAUACCGACAUCAUGACCAGAUCAAAUAAGGAUGGGAUGCCCAGGGCAUCUAGUCUUUCAAGUAUUGACUCAAUAAUGACUCCGAGUCGGAUAUCUGGUGGGGACCUGGAUACCUGUAGCAGCACUCAUGCUAGCACCGAACCUUCUGAGUUGGUGCGUGGCUUAGAUCCAAAGUCAAAACGCCUAUCAUCUGGAAGGAGCAAUAUCACAGCAGAGCCAGAAGUCAUUCAUCCCCAACUGCCUCUGUCAACAACUCCAAACUGGCCAAGAACAAGAUCUAAGUCAAGGAAUGAUAGAGGAUGGGCUGGAUUGACCACUACACAUGAUACCUCUAAAUGGGGGAAUGCAGCGAAUGAUAGAGAGGAUAUAUCAUCUACACUGUCUGACCCAGGUCCUAUCUGGGAUGCUGAACCAAAAUGGGAUCCAGAGGCUAAUUGGGAUGUGGAAAACCCUAUUGAGUUGCCAGGGCCACCAGAUGAUACAGAAGUAGGAUCCACGAAGGAGGUUGUGCCACGUUUUGGAGAAAAAUGGGUUGUUUCAAAGGGACAGUUUGUUGGCAUUCUGGUUUGCAACCAUGCUUGUAGAACUGUCCAGGGCUCUCAGGUGGUUGCUCCGAAAGCUGAGCAUGACGAUAACACUCUAGAUUUGAUCAUGGUACAUGGGAACGGAAGGCUGAGGCUGUUGAGAUUUUUCAUACUUCUACAGAUGGGUCAACAUGUUUCACUGCCAUAUGUUGAAUAUGUGAAGGUAAAGUCUGUCAGAAUAAAGUCUGGGAAACACACUCACAGCGGAUGUGGGAUUGAUGGUGAGUUUUUUCCACUCAAUGGACAAGUAAUUUCUUCUUUGCUUCCAGAACAGUGCAGGCUUAUUGGUCGGUUCCGUAUAUGAUUAGUGUGAGUUAUUUUCAAUUCUUUGACGGGUUUUGGUAAGCUAGUGUACCUUUUCCUUUAUGAAUCCAGAUACCUAAUCUGUCUCGUCAAAUACCUUGUCGCUGUAACAGCUGAGCUUUGUAAAUCUUUUUUAUUUUGAUUUCGUAAAAAGAAGAAAAGUACACUGCACAUUUCUACAUUUUCUACAACAAGAAGCUGAAUGUAUUGCUAAUCUCCAUUUCCUCGAAUUGAUCACUUGAUUCUUUUAUUCUAAUGCCUAUAGAUUAUGAUCCUGUUUCUCAA